UGUUGGAGGGAGUGAUAAAAAUGUUAAGGAUGUUGAGAAGCCGAAGGGCGAUGAGUCUCGAUUGAAGGGGGACGAUUUCUUUGAUGGGUUGAGCCAGCUUGUAAUAGAUGAUGAUCAAGUUGUGUUGGCUGGCUUGGAGGCUGUUGCUAAAAUCAAUGUCCCCGCACCCAAUCCAGAUGUUGUUGGUGAAAAGUAAGAUGCCCUUCAUACUGAUGAAGAAACUGAGGAUACUGUCUCUGAUACACCUCUGUUGGAUAAGAGGAAGCGUGCUCCGGCCUUGAAAUCUCCAUUUGUUGAUUUCGGGUCUGCUGAUGUCGGGAGCACUCCAAUGGAGCUUAUGUCCUCAGGUUCUCAAUCAGCUGGGGAUGAUAGGGAUUUCAAAAUGGUGACUUAUGUGAAGGGCCUUUAUGCUCUUAAUGAUGCUUUUGCUGAUCCCGUAUCUACCGAGAUUGAGGCAAAAUUUGACUCUUGGAUUGGUGAAGGAUUGCUUAAACAUCCCAGGCAUUAUAAUUGUUAUGAAGACGGCGCAAAGAAAUUUACUCCGGGUUUUAGGCUAGGUGUUGAUUAUGUUGAGGAUAAAACUUGGUUUUACCAUUUGGCCACAUGCGACAUGUUUAUGAACGACUCGGUAAAGUUUCCAAUUUAUAUUGUACUUAUUGUAGUUUGUUUUUAGUUUCUUUAUAAAUGUUUUUUAGUUUUGAUACUACAUUUCAGUUUUUUUACAGUUGUUAAACCUUUUCAUUUGUGUUUCUGUGUUGUUUUUUUUUCUCAGCAUAUGAACACCAUAUUCUA